AUGUCGUUGAUCCAGCGCGCACAAAGCACGACCACAACCACUGCCAGCAACAGCGACAACAACAGCAGCAACAGCAACAGCGACAACAACAGCAGCAACAGCAACAGCAACAGCAGCACGGCAGUGACAGAAAUCCACCCUGCUCAUCAAAAUGAGCCACUCCCCGCCGAAGUACUUUCCGGUGCACCCAUUGCUUUAACCAAACGCACAGUCCGUAUCUACCGGCCUGCCAACAACCCGAUGCAGUCUGGCAAGAAUGCCAAUCUGAAAUGGCGCCUGGACUUUGACGGCUUGGAGAAGGGCGACCGGUGGUCUAACCCGUUGAUGGGCUGGCAGUCGACUGCUGACGCUAUGGCACCGGUGAGACUGGAUUUUGCAUCCAAGGAGGAUGCUGUGCAUUUCGCGGAGAAACAGGGCUGGGGUCAUUUCGUUCAGGAGCCGAACUUCCGUCAGAUCAAGCCAAAGUCCUAUAAGAAUAACUUUGUCUAUAGGGCUGGCAAACUGCCCUUUGUGCACACCAAGUAG